AGAGGUUAAAAAAAUAAAAUUAAAACAUUAUUUUGUAUUUUUAUAUUAUUUUUUAAUUUUUUAGAAAAUUUUUAUUUUAUUUUAAAAUUAUUAAAUUUUGGUGAAAAUAAAGCAAAUGUACCGAUGAUUAUAUUAAUGGAGUAUGCAUCUAAAUUUAGAAUCUUUAAAAUCUAGGUAUUUAACAUGGGUAACUGUUGCCGUCGCAUCGACUCAACAGAAUUUGAUGGUCACCAAAUCCCAAAUAACGUUAUCAAAAGAAAUAAAAACAAUAUAAACACUGAGGAGCCAAACUCCCUGGUUAGCAGAAAUUUUAUCGGCAAUGACUCGGAAUAUAUCGUCCCCGAUAUUUCUGAUAUUUUCUAUAAAAACCUAUCGUAUCCUUCCAAAGGGAUUUUUACACUCUACUUAACCCACCCCUUAAAUACAUCCAGCACUAGUAACUUAAAUAGCCUCCCUAACGGAGUUGGCCCACCGAAUAAUAAAGGAGUGUUCCGCAAAGUAUACAACUACCCUAAAAUAAGUGAUAUAGUAUUAACUAAAGAUGUAUGGAGAAGCCGUAUCAUCUAUACAAACAAGCUCACAAAUGUGUAUACAAUAGGUACAAACGCCAUAGGAUAUGGAAUUUGUGGUUCAGUAAAUCAUUGUGUUAAUAAGCGUACACAGAAGGUGUAUGCCCUAAAGUCGCUUAGCACACUAGCCAAUUCUAAGAGGAAGAUGACCAGUGUAUUUAACGAACUUAGUAUAUUCACACAGCUGGACCACCCAAAUAUCGCAUUUAUGCACGAAGCCUACGAUGAUAACACACUUUGUCACAUUGUUAUGGAAUAUUGUUCCGGUAACGAACUGUACGAUAGACUAGAUACAUAUAAAAGGUUUAGUGAAUCUUACGCUAUAAAAAUGACCUUCCAAAUGCUACUUACGCUUAACUACUUACACUCUAACGGUAUAUGCCACCGUGACUUAAAGUUGGAAAACUGGGUCUUCUCGAACCAGGAAAUCGACUCAUUGUUGAAGAUGAUAGACUUUGGGUUCGCAAGAGUCUUUGAAAAGGGAAUUCCAAUGGGUGGAAUGCACGGCACUGUAUACUACGUUGACCCCGAAGUGAUUGAUGGAUGUUAUAACGAAAAGUGUGAUAUCUGGUCAACUGGUGUGAUAGUAUACAUGAUGUUAUCAGGAUCACCGCCCUUCAAUUCAGGAAGUGAUAAAGAGAUUUUAUGGAAGAUUAAGAAGGGGAAUUUGAAGUUUGAGGGUGUUAGGUGGAACUCAGUCUCCGAGUUGGCAAAGGAGUUUAUCAGAUUUUUGCUUAAUCGUAACGGAAACGAGCGUCCGUCAGCCAGAGAAGCCUUGCAACAUCAAUGGCUAUCAAAUGAGUAUAAUAAAUAUUCUAACUAUACAGUGCCAAAAGAGUUGUUACAUCAAAUAGUGAGAUAUAGUGGAGAAACCCCUCUGCACCGUGCUGUAAUAGCACUAAGCGUACUAGAAUCAGAUCGUAACUGUCCAAAGGAGGUAUAUCGGUCUUUUUUCUCCAUAAAUACAUCGAAAUCAGGGACCAUUUCGUUCAGUGAAUUCUACAAUGUGAUGUCGACACAGUUAUCUCUUUCGGAGGAAGAUUGUACAAUAAUAUUCAGACUCAUAGGGUUCAGAAACACUCCGGAGCUAAAUUAUACAGAGUUUGUUUCCGCAGUGAUAGAGUAUUACGGAACCCUAGACAUUACCAUGUUAUCGUUGGUAUUUAAAAAGUUGGACGUGUACGGUAGAGGAGUGGUGGAUUUGGAGAGUUUCCAGCAGGUUAUCGGCCCUUACUUUGGAACCGUUAACUCAGAUGAAAUUUUUAUGUCCACUGAUUUAAAUCGCGAUGGUGUGAUAGAUUUCUCAGAGUUUUGCGAUUGUCUAAUGAAUGUAAAUUACCCUAAAGAAAGGGGAACUUUGACCCCUUAAUGUUUAAUUUAUUCCUAAAAUUA